GCGAGGUGGCCUUUAGUGGCCCGGGCGUGGGAGAGUCGCGGCCCUUGCGGUGGAGGCGCGCCUCUCCCAGCUCGGCAGGGCCUGUUGAGGCGGGAGAGGGACUCAUAAUAGCUUUGAGGCAGCGCGGAGCCUCCUGCCGACGGAGUCGGCACCCCGCUGCUAGGGGGUAGGUGGCGCCUGAGGAGGUGGCCGGUGGCCGCUGGGCCUGCCUCGCCGGGAGCGUAACGCGUCGCAGCAAGAGGAGGCAUGGAGGUUACGGGCCGGUAGCUGAACUAGUACAGCUUUCCUCUUGAACCACUUGCCAUAGGCCUUAACACAAAACUAUUCAGACUUAAUCCUGAAUUGGAGAUGUGCUUAGAUCCGUGGCAGAAAAAUGGAUGAUGAUGAUGACAUUCCCCAGCUUUCAUCUCACACGCUGGCUGCCCUCCAGGAGUUCUAUCUGGAACAGCAGCAGAGAGAGGGCAUGAAGAACUCCCAGGGAUUUAAUCAAUACUCCAUUGGCUCAAUAGAAGAAGACUGGCAACUGAGCCAGUUUUGGUACAGUGAUGAAACUGCAUCACGCCUGGCUAAUGAAGCAGUUGUGGCAGCUGGAAAAGGUGGCAGGAUAGCAUGUGUUAGUGCUCCAAGUGUGUACCAGAAACUGAAAGAACAGGAUGGUAAAGAUUUUUCCGUCUGUAUACUGGAGUAUGACAGAAGAUUUUCUGUAUAUGGAGAAGAAUUUGUCUUCUAUGAUUACAACCACCCUUUGAACUUACCUGAAAAUCUCCUGCCACACAGUUUUGACAUAGUCAUAGCAGAUCCACCAUAUUUGUCUGAGGAAUGUCUUCAGAAAACUGCAGAGACCAUCAAAUAUUUAACAAAGGGAAAGAUUCUGCUUUGCACAGGUGCAAUCAUGGAGGAACAGGCAGUGAAGCAUCUUGGUGUAAAGAUGUGCAAGUUUAUUCCAAAGCACUCAAGAAAUUUAGCCAAUGAAUUUCGAUGUUAUGUGAACUAUGCUUCUGGACUGGACUGAUUCUUGUAAGGUCUACAACUUUUUUUAAGUCAAGCUCUUUUCUGGUUUUUAUCAGUGAUACUACGAUUCUCAGUGCUGAAAUACUCAGCUCCCAGUGCUAUUUUCUUACCUAGCUUUUAAUCAAGCCAGUGCACCACCUUCUCUUUUAAAGUAGCAAGAAUUUGCAGUUACUGUAUUUUGUUUCUUACUUAUUAGGUAAAUGGGGGCCAAACGAUGCAGGUGCUUAAUAAAGGGAACUUUCCUGCAAAGAGUUUCAUUCUGACUGGUGGCUUUUGCCAUUCAAAGACUUUUUGUUGACCUCUCUGAAGUUUUUUUAGCUGGUUAACAACACAUAGGUGCUUGCCUUACAGGCAUCCAAAUCAUCAUCAUACCAGAACUGAUGAGUUGGUAGCUAGGGGAUGGUUGAAAGAGCAUGAAAGUGGUCUCCUUUCAUUCUUGAGAAAUGCUUCCUUAGUAAAAGGAUUGAGAAAUGUUUGUUCUGAAUGUGUCAUGGAUUUUCAGAUUCAUUAUCCAGGAGGCUGAUAUUUUUUAUAAAGAAUAGAGAAUAUAAGUCUCCUUCUGGAAGACCUCUGCAGUUGCUUUUAAUAAUAAUCAGAACUACCUACCAGUUGCCAAGUAAGAUAAGACCUAGUCUCCACUGUUGCUGCCAGACCGGCUUUUUAAAAACUUACAGUUAUUAUUUCAUCUUUUCUCUAAAGCCUUGUCACAAACCUAGACUUUGUCUUUGUUAAAGAUAAGAUCUAUCUUGUCAUCACCUACCACCACAGAAACCUGUGUGUAUGUAUGUAUGCUGUACUAAUAUAAGUUGUUGAACAUCUC